AGUAUAAAUAUCGUCACUACGACGCAAGCAUUCACAGUACAAGUUGAUGCAUUAGCAGCGUAAGAUUGCAAUAUGAGACUAUCAGUGGUGUUCUUGGUCUUGAUGAUCGUGGUGUGUGCCAUGUUCCAGGAAUCCGAAUCCCGUUAUUGGAGUCCAUGGCAUGGGCGUGGACGCCCUAGUAGAUGCCAUAGAACAUCGACAUCGACAUCGACUAGCACCACCACCACCACCACUACCACAACUCCCUCCACUACACCAAGUUCUAGAAAAAGACGCGAUAUCGCGGACUCAAAUCAACAUAAAUUUGAAUGAUAGGACAACAAAUGCGAAAACUACUCUGGAUGGAAACGGUGACAAAAUGUUAAGAUUUCAUGAAAAAAUUAUGUAACUACAUUGCACUAUUCAAUAAGAUAAACUUAGAAUAAUAUCUAAAUUGCCCACGUAAGCAAAUCUAAAUUAAAUAGCAAUAAAGAUAUAUCAACGCCUAA